CACACUGCAACACACGUAACAAAAAUCAGUACAAAGAAGCAUUAGAAAUAAGUGUUAAAAGUUAGAAAUUAACCAGAGAACGAUUGAAUCAAUAGGUUUGCCCAGAAAAGUGACAAAAUGUUGCCCCACAUAAGCGCCGACGAGGGCCAGCCAUCUAUGUCGCGGAAGGUGUACAUUAAUCCCAAUUUCCAACUGCAAGGUCAAACUGCGCAUCAGCUGCCGUUCCAGGUGCCCUUCCAGGCGCCCUUCCAUGCGCCCCCGCAGUCGCAGCCCGCCAUUCACAUCAAUCCGCACUUCCUGCAGCGCCAGCGGGCCAUGUACGAGCAGUUGCAAAGGGAUCAGAAGGAGCUUCUGCUGCAACAGGUUUCCGCCUCCUAUUACCAACCGGAUUAUCCAUUGCCUUCGAGUUCUGUUGGGGCCACGCCACCUCCUCCGCCCGCUAAGAUCAUCAGCAAAGCGAGCACAUGUCUUGUGCGCAAGGCUCCGGUGAGGUCCGUUGCUCCUCCGCCCGUUCACCCGGUUUCCAGCCUCGUGCAGCCUCCUCUGGUAAGCAUUUCCAAGCGGAAGAUUGUGCGUCAAGGAGCUGCAAAUGCCACGUCAACGGUCAAUGCCCCCCAUCCGCCUCCGCCUGUGCCAACUGCCAAACGCACCAGGUACAAGCUAGUGCGCUCCAUAUCGCUGACAUGUACACCUCUGGUCAAGAAGCGUCGUCCUCUGCGUGAGUUUGUGGCCCAGUACGCCCUGAGACGCACCAAUGAAGCAGACCCCAAAAAGAAGUUGAGCUCCAAGCCACAGGUGCUAAAGCUGGGCGUCAACAAAUCCCUCAGCAUGGUCAGCAUACACGGCGUGAUGUACAGGAAGAUAUCGAAGAACAAGAUAACCAAGGUGGAUGCCAGUUCAGCAAGGAUAACCAAAUCGGAGACCCCGAGGACCCUCAAGCGUUCCGUUUCCGGCAGAACGCUAUUCGUUAGCGGCAACAAGUUCAUCUUAGAUCCAUCCGGCUGCCGUUUGACCAGAGUUCCACCUUCAGCAACUGCUGCUGCUGCUGCUUCCCAGAUGAGCGUGAAUCGAAGCAUAUUGCGGCGCAUCGAUAUUGGCGGCCUUACCUAUGUGGCUUCGCCCAAGACGCAGAAUGUCUUCAUACGCACCAGCAAUCACGUGUCGCGAGCCCACCUGAUCACCGCCAGGCAGAGAAGUCUGACGCUGCUCAACAAGUCGCUAGUGAAGACCAACGUGCCCUGUGCCAUCUUCCAGAAACUUGGCAAGUGCGCUGCCCACAGCCGUGGCAAGUGUCGCAAGCUGCACGACAAGCGGCAGGUCGCCAUCUGUGUCAGCUUCCUGCGCGGCGAAUGCACCAAGGCCGACUGCCUGCUCUCGCACAAUAUCACCCUGGAGAAGAUGCCCGUGUGUCGGUACUAUUUGCAAGGCGUUUGCGUCCGCGAGGAUUGUCCCUACCUGCACAAGAAGCUCAGCAGGAAGGCCGAGAUCUGCAUUGACUUUGUGCGCGGCUAUUGUCCGCUGGCUGCCGAGUGCAACAAGCGUCACGAGUUUGCCUGCCCGGAGUUGGAACGCAAGGGCAAGUGCGAGUUGUCCAAGUGCGUGUUCUGCAAGAAGCCGUCAUCAAGGCGGUUGGUCAAGUCCCGUCCUAAAGCGGGAGGUAAAACUCUCAGCAUUCCGAAGAUCCCAAAAGAGCCAGCCAAGGAGGAGGAUUUGCCCACCACAUCACGGUAUUUUAGGUGCGAAGGCGAGCAGGUGGAAGUAACAAUACCCAACGAGGAAGAUCCGGAAGUGAAGAAAGAGGACCCAGCGGAAACGGAAGCCACAAGCGGCUUUCGCAGACGACCAAAACUUGGGACCCUGCCCGCUUUUAUUCCUCUUGGCGGCGAAGAGGAAUUGUAAAGCAAUGCGAGACGACUUGGACCCAACGUUUCAGGUACAAAUUAAUUUGGUUAAGUAUCGUAUUAGCGUUUAUUCUAAGAUAUAACUUAAGUAGUUUACGUUCAAUUUUCAAUAAAAAAUAAAGACCAAUUUAUUUGCGUAAA